AUGUGUGGCAAACAUAAAUCCAAACAUGUCAUCCUAAAAAAGGUUAUAGAAAAACUUAAACGACAUGGACUUACCACAAGCAAGAAGAAAUGUCAAUUCCAUAGCAACUCAGUGACCUAUCUAGGAAAUGCUAUCUCUGGAAAUGACAUAGAACCAAAACCAGACCUAGUAGAAGCCAUUCAUGGUGCACCAGAGCCUGACAACAAAGACAAACUUCUAUCCCUCUUGGGAUUGGGAGAAUACUUUUCAAAGUUUGUCCAGCAAUUUUCCAUGAAAGUAGUUCCUUUGUGUCAACUCCUAAAAAAGGAUGUCAGGUUUGAUUGCGAUGAAGUGUGCAAAUACAGUCUUAAUAAGAUCAAACGUGCAAUUUCCACCAGCCUGGCUCUAUGCCCUUUUGAUUCUGAGAAGCAUGUGUUAUGA